AUGCACCACCCGUACUACUUUUCCUACGCGCCGCCUCCACCGGUGCUCUACGUCCUCUGCCCCUCGAACACGCCAUCCCCAGUCUGGUCAUUCUCCACGCAGGCCUCCUUGCCAACGCCAGCAGUACUCUCCAAACCGCUUCCGCCUUCCAACAAUCAUCCUAUCAUCAACCAGCAUAUCCGAUCUCCCCCUCCCCCUCCCAAACCUGACGCUCCCAAACCCAAAGUCGACGAUCAAGCUGCGGAACCCAUCCCGCUUCGCCCCCAACCACGCAUCGAUCCUCUCAUCGUGCACUCGCGCCCAGCUGCGGAGUCUUCUCAGGGUUGGGACCUCUACCACGACAUUCGCAAGCUGCGAUUCACCGACGCGCGCAAGGUGCCACCAAAGGUCCUGUCACCGGCAGACUUCGCCGCUCGCCCCGCAGUGCGCGCUGCCCCUCAGGACGGCGGCCAACCCCUCCGCUCGCUCGUCCUCAUCUUCCCGAAGCUGCCGUUUCAGAUCGAGGUCAAGCCGUCGCACUCGCCGCCGAAGGGCGCGCCGCCACCCAAGGCCGACUUCGUGUCUGACUGGGACGUCCUCACUGCAAUUUACGACUACCUGCGGAAGCCCGUCGAUGGGGAGUUGUAUGAUCGCAUGUCGGGCCGACGUCAGGACGCACUGUGUCGUGCGGGGGCUCAGCGGCUGAAGGCCCUUGUGGAGGAUCAGCAGGAACCUGUGCCGCGCCUCUUGAGGAACAUCGACUUGCUCGGCAGGCGGCAUCGCUUCAAUGGCAUUCGUGUCGCCCAGCCGGACGAGGUUCCGAAGGGCCGACAGUUCGGAGAGGUGUUUGUUGUCGAGGUUAGCAGGGGCUGAGUUCUCACGGCCGAUAUUUGGUGGGAAAGAGGGGUGAUAGUGGGGACUCGGGAGGUUGUGGAUGAUUCUCUGAUGGCCCGCUCAGUAAUGGGGACGACAGAGGGGAGUUGGCGAAGUCGUACAGUAUAAUUGUGUAUUAGCAUUUAGAGAUUCAGACAUACCAUCCACGUACG